AAUGGACGCACACAUAACAUAAAAUUCCGAAGUUCAGUAUAUAGGUUUACUUGCUUAUUUCUAUGAUGGCAGCUGUUUUGAAGCAUUGGAGAGAGGCAGCAACUUUGUUGCUAGUUUCAAAAUCUUCAAAAAUUGUCCCUAAUCUCGUUAAUGGCGGUGGAAUGCAGCUUCAAGGUGUGACUUCCGAGUUGUCGGAGUACAACUACAAAAUACUGAUGCUGAAAAGGUCAUCGAAGAGCAAGUUCAUGCCGGAUGUCUAUGUGUUUCCCGGAGGUAUUGCAGAAGAUGCCGACUUUUCGACAGAGUGGUUAGAUUUAUAUAAGAAGUUUGGUGUAUCAGAAAGUCAGGAGUUACUUAAAUCUCUGACUGUUUCAGGGGAAGGUCCCCCUAUGUUCAGUAGGCGUCGAAAUCCUGAAUAUGAGCAAAUACCAAGUGAAUUAGCAUUCAGAAUUUGUGCCAUACGUGAAACUUUUGAAGAAUCAGGGGUACUGAUUGCACGAAAAUUUGAAGAUAAAACUGCUUUAAAAAAUAAUUUCCCUCAGCAACCAAUAUCUGGUACAAGCUAUCACUUGGAGAGUGAUGAAUGGCGUAAACGUGUUGACAGAAACCCAGAAGAAUUUAUCAGAAUGUGUCAGACACUAAAUGUGAUUCCUGAUGUCUGGUCACUUUCAGAGUGGUCUAACUGGCUGACCCCUACGACCUUGUCAAUGAAUGCAAAGAAAUCAGGUAGAAGAUAUGACACUGCCUUUUUUCUGUGUAUACUGGAUCAUCUUCCAGAAGCUUUGCAUGAUGACAAAGAGACUGUACAUUUACAGUGGACAGCUCCUGACACUUUGCUGAAUGUGUACAACAAGUAUAAAGGAGGCCUGGCCCCUCCCCAAAUCUAUGAAGUGUGUAGGCUGCUUAACUUCCAAAACGUUGAAAACCUUCAUCGCUUUGCCUGGGAAAGGGCACUGAAAAACCGUGUCAAACAAUAUUUCCCUGUUGUAAUGGUGUGUGAAGAUGGAAUAAUUGUUGUCUAUCCUGGUGACGAGUUGUAUCCCACAGACCCUGACAGAGUUGGAGAAAAUUCACCGAUCAGUAUUGAGUGUUCCAUUGAGGAGCUUCCAAAUAAAUUCCCUGUCAUGAAUAGAAUGCUCGUUAAAGGACCACACUGGGUCAACACCUCAGCAGGGGAUGGUCAGGUUAUUCCAAACUUUCACCACGAGACUCUAUCUGAUUCCGCUAGCUCAAAGUUAUGAUAUAUACCGUGCAGACUGUAAUAUUAUUAGAUAUUUAUAAAUGAUAUACAUGUACUUCUGUAGUAUGUAUGGAAUGUAUGUUGUAAUGCACAUUUGAUUUGAAAUGGGUUCUAUAAAGAUGAAAUAAAAUGUAUUUAUUGCAAAAUUAUAUAAACUUUAAAGUAUUCUUAAUGAGAAAAUCAUGAGAAAAUCAUCAUUAAUCUGAAAAAGAAACCUAAAUUUAUAGAAUUGAUUCAAUAAAGGUUUCUGAAGCAAA